AUGGCGCAAAGCAGUCCUCAGCUUGAUAUGCAGGUUCUCCAUGACCUCCGACAACGUUUCCCUGAGAUUCCAGAGGGUGUGGUGUCUCAGUGCAUGUUACAGAAUAACAACAAUCUGGAAGCCUGUUGCCGAGCCCUUUCCCAGGAGAGUAGCAAAUACUUGUAUAUGGAAUACCAUAGUCCAGAUGACAACAGGAUGAAUAGAAACCGUCUUUUGCAUAUUAACCUGGGUAUUCAUUCUCCUAGUAGCUACCACCCAGGAGAUGGUGUGCAACUUAAUGGCGGUCGAACGCUGGUACAUAGCUCAAGUGAUGGACAUAUUGAUCCACAGCAUGCAGCAGGUAAACAGCUGAUAUGUUUAGUUCAGGAACCACACUCAGCUCCAGCUGUUGUCGCUGCUACUCCCAACUACAAUCCUUUUUUUAUGAAUGAACAGAACAGAAGUGCAGCUACUCCUCCUUCACAGCCACCUCAACAGCCAUCUUCCAUGCAAACAGGAAUGACUCCAUCUGCUAUGCAAGGGCCUUCACCACCACCGCCGCCACCUCCUUCCUACAUGCACAUACCUCGGUAUAGUACCAAUCCAAUUACUGUUACAGUAUCCCAAAACCUCCCUUCUGGACAGACUGUACCAAGAGCUUUACAAAUUCUUCCACAAAUUCCGAGCAAUCUGUAUGGGUCUCCUGGUUCUAUUUAUAUUAGACAGACAUCUCAGAGUUCAUCAGGAAGACAGACUCCUCAGAAUACGCCAUGGCAGUCCUCACCACAGGGCCCAGUGCCUCAUUAUAGCCAGCGUCCUUUACCUGUGUAUCCGCAUCAACAAAACUAUCCACCUUCUCAGUAUUCUCCCAAACAACAGCAGAUCCCUCAACCUGCUUACCAUUCACCACCUCCUUCUCAAUGUCCUUCACCCUUCAGCUCUCCUCAGCAUCAAGUACAACCGUCUCCGUUGGGCCACCCCAGUUCUCAUGUCUUUAUGCCACCUAGUCCUUCAACGACGCCACCCCAUCCAUAUCAACAAGGACCUCCUAGCUAUCAGAAACAGGGAAGCCAUUCGGUAGCCUAUCUCCCAUAUACAACAUCUAGCUUACCCAAAGGAUCCAUGAAGAAGAUAGAAAUUACAGUAGAACCCUCUCAGAGAUCUGGAACAGCCAUGAAUAGGAGUCCUUCACCUAUCAGUAACCAGCCAUCUCCACGGAAUCAGCACUCAUUGUACACAGCCACCACACCACCGUCAAGUUCUCCUUCCAGAGGGAUAUCCAGUCAACCGAAACCUCCGUUUACUGUCAAUCCUGUGUAUAUUACAUAUACACAGCCCACUGGACCUUCUUGUGUUCCAUCACCAUCUCCUCGGAUGAUACCAAACCCAACGACCGUUUUUAAAAUCACUGUAGGCCGAGCCACAACUGAAAAUCUGUUAAAUUUAGUGGACCAAGAAGAACGUUCUGCAGCCCCAGAACCUAUUCAGCCCAUUUCAGUGAUACCAGGCUCUGGGGGAGAAAAGGGAAGCCAUAAAUAUCAGAGAAGUUCCAGUUCUGGAUCUGAUGACUAUGCCUAUACACAAGCCUUGCUGUUACAUCAGCGAGCAAGGAUGGAGAGGUUAGCAAAGCAAUUGAAACUUGAGAAAGAGGAGCUAGAGCGCUUGAAGGCAGAAGUUAAUGGUAUGGAGCAUGACCUGAUGCAGAGGCGGCUCAGAAGGGUCAGCUGCACCACAGCGAUCCCAACGCCUGAGGAAAUGACAAGAUUGAGAAGCAUGAACAGACAACUCCAGAUAAAUGUUGACUGUACACUGAAAGAAGUUGACCUCCUUCAAUCUAGAGGAAACUUUGAUCCAAAAGCUAUGAAUAAUUUUUAUGACAACAUAGAACCUGGUCCGGUUGUACCACCCAAGCCACCUAAAAAAGAGCACCCAGGUGGCUCCAAACAGAGUCCUCGGACACAACCCCGAGAUGAAGACUAUGAAGGAGCUCCAUGGAAUUGUGAUAGCUGCACCUUUCUGAACCACCCCGCACUAAAUCGCUGUGAGCAGUGUGAGAUGCCACGGUACACUUGA